CUCAGCCAACCGGCCUGGCCUGGCCUUGCCUUCCCUUUCAUUGAGCUCCUUCGCAGCGCUGGGCUGCUGCUGCUGCUGCUGGGUGGGGUGGCUGGCCAGGGGACGAGGGUCGCUAAAGCACUCGGGUCCAGUCCGCGGCCCAGUCCGCCUUCUGCUGCUGCUGCUACUCCCAACCUUACCGGACUCGCUUUUCCUGCUGCCCAACAUGAUGGCAAUUAAAGUCGCUGCUCUCUUUCACCUGCUCGAUGCUCACUAGUCCGGAUCUAUUUAUGCAUCCUCUCUCCAAGCCUCCGUCUUUUCCAUCUUUUCCUCCUUUCCUUCGUCAGCUCAGUCCGUGCUUCCUCUGCCUUGCCGCUCCCUGGAUCCAAUCUCCGCAUCCUCCCACCUGUUCGGUUCAUAAGUUUGUGCUGCGUCCUUGCGUGCGUCCUCGUGCGAGCCUACUUUCCCGAGUUUACCCUCUUUCCUCCCGUCUCUCUCUCUCUGUCUCUGUCUCUGCUCCUCUUCUGUAUCAUCCACCUCCGGGCUCGAUCAUCUUAGUCUUCCAGAUGCGAUUUUCUGUACUUGAUUUGCCAUGCCGCAGAUUGACAGUGGCUGAUUGGCUGCUUAGACCCGCUGCGUCCUCUCUGGCCUCUCUCUCGCAGCCUCGCUGCCUCUUAUCAGAGUGUUGAUGAGAGAGAAGACGAAAAAGGGAGCGGGCAGGAAAGAAGCAGAAGAAGACCCAGGGCCGGAUGCGCCGGUGAAUGUCUGUCUUAAGUCCUCCGUCACCCCUGAGAGAUUCUUAUCUCGAUGGACCCUUGCAUUGACGCGAAAGGCGAAGAGGGUUUGAAGACCAUCGAUUACCCGCUUGCCAUGAUCAAAUAGCACUCACUGCUCGCCACGGCGAUUGUCGGGUUCUCAGUCAUGGAGUCGCGCGGCGCGUGCAAGCCAGGAAGUAGUGUAUGCAAAUUGGGGUGGUGUGGAUCUUAGUUUCCUUUCGCAGAUUCGUCGGCUUAUGUGACAAAUGUCCCCACGCGGUAGGAGUGAGUGAUGUUGGUUUAGGAAGCUUGCAAUUCAGGUACCACCGACUCCGUAUUGCGAGGCUUAGCUGCUCAGUAGGAAAAGUCCGAAGAAGUAAGUUCUCGAUAAACAAGGAGAUGAAAGGGGGAGUUUGCCGAGAAGCCAAGAAAGGAGGGGUCGUGGACCGGUACAUGGGAGAGGGAAGUGGUGGUGUACGGAGCUCUGAGGGCCAGUCUCGGUCCUCCCCUGCUUAUCUGGUUGCAGGACUCUCAGGUAGCGGCUUGCCAACUGCAUCUUCAACUGUGCACGCUCCAUACUCCAACGAUACAUUCAGUCACCAGGCCCGUGUUUAUGGUAUCUCCACUCAGGGAUGCGUUGCUUAUCAAGAUGCUCCAGAUGUGCAACAGACAUCAGAAAGCGCGGGUGCCAAGGCUGAUUCAGGCAGCUCUUCGUUUGCAUCUACCCCAUCUAAGAAACCGAAAGGUGAUUUGAAACCCAGAGCUGUUCAAACUACGAAGUUACAGCUCAAAGGGGAUAAGUUGCCUACAGCUGGAGUGAAGCAUUCACUUUCCUUGAGCAAUGAUUCUGAGAUGCAGAUCAAUGUGGAACAAGAAAUGCACAGCAUGCGCCAAACCAUUCUCGAACAAGAAGCCCUCUUCAGGGAACAGGUUCGAGAACUUCACAGAGUGCACAAAGUUCAGACACUCCUUAUGGCCGAGAUGAAAAAGAAAGAUUCCGAUAUGCUUUCUUUCCCUUCCGGGACAACUCUUUCUCGAUGCGGUCUUCCACAAUCGCCUGCCGACUUUGCUGCUAUCAGCUCUGGAGGCAAGAGAAAUCUACAUCGUGCUCUUGCCGGACAAUUUUUGGACAAUUCAACUUACAACUUGCAAGCGUCAGUCGCUUAUGUAGAACCUUUGAAAGGCGGGGCGGAAAUUCCACGAAAUGAAUCCGAAGUUCGCGCACCGACGCCGGAGAUUAAGUUGUUUGGUAGUUCUGAUCGUAGUGAGCGAUUGACACCUGUUCGUAGAACCUUUGACUUGGAGCGACCUCCUGAAGAUGAUGAUGAUGAGCAAGAGAGGAAACAGGAUGAACGUGUUCCUUUUACGCAGGAGACAAUCAAGUUCAUUGGACUACCUGAAUAUCGCUCUGAGCCUGAAGUGGAAGUGUCACUGAACUUGAACACGGGAUGGGAUCUUGGAAAGGCAGAUAGAGUUGGCAGGGACUUCUUACCUUCUUCUCUUGCUGAGGAAGAGGAACGAGAAGUCGUGAGGGUGCCAAAGCGUCCGAGAGAAAUAGAAGAAGCUGCAUUGUUUCCAUUUCUCACUGCAAAGACGGAAGCUCAUGUUCGGGAAUCUCCACUUCGUCCAACACCGAAGGUAGCAAGCCAGAAUUUUUUAGGAGGGCUUUUCAAUCUUCAGUUGGGGAGGAAGGACGAAACCCCUUUUAACGUGGAUAUUAAUGCCACUGCGGAGGAGCCUGAAGUCGUGAAGAAGAAGGAGAAACUUUCCCUCAAUUUGGAGGUUGAUGAGAAGACUUUGCCUGUAUCAUCUCAACCACAACCGCAUUGGCUUUUUCAAGGUAAAGUCGGGAGUAAAGCACCAUGCAGUACCAAAGCUCCAGUAUUGAGCUCGCAGCCCCCUUUGCCUCCUUCCGGUGGUAGUGAGCAAGGGAUAAUGAAGCUGAGAACCUCCUCGCUUAUGGAAGAAGCUGGAAGCUCGGUUCCCAGGGAUGGUCCGGUAUGGGGUGGAGAUCGGCAAGGAUCUGGAAAUAUACCGAAAUCUAGACCUCAGGCCUCUCACAUGCAAAGGCAAGCUGAUGAAGGAGUGCAACCGGGCGUGUACAGGCCGCCGUUUAUCGCCGUGGGGGGGACAAAUCCAACUGUUCCUGGUUAUGCCUCAUACAAUAUGGGGCAAGGAGUUGGAGAUGGUUCUCGCGAGGGGCUUACACUAUACUCGUCGUGGAGGGAUGGCGAAGGUCCGAGCAAUGGAUUCCCGCAUGGUGUGUUUGCCCCUAGUCAUCCGCUUGCAGGUGGAAUGCCGGCUCUUGGAAUACAGCUGAGGAGUUUCGAAGCACAUCCCAGCUUUGCACCUCAGGGUCUUGUUGUUGGACCUGCCGUAAAUAUGGGGACAGGUACUGCAUCGUUCGUGGCAGACUCCAAUUCUGGAGUAUGGUACCAACAACGAAGUUCUUAUUCUCAGUUUCAACAGUACCAACAACAACAGUUAGGAUCUCUUCAGCCUCAAGCCGCUUGUUCUCAAGGGCCUUGGCAAGCACCUCUGCACAUCCCUCCAGGUGGAGCUUAUCCGCAAGGAGCUGUUUAUGCUAUCCCCGCUGGGGCAGGCUCGUCUAUUGGACUCCCAAUGGAUGGCCUGAGAAGAAACAGGGAGGACCACCCAGGAGCCAAUUGGCCUGCUGGAACUGUCGGGCCUCCCUUCACAACCUUCUCAAUUGUUGCACCCCCGAAACCGCCCUUCAAGAGGCCGCCAAAGCUAGUCUUGACUCAUGAUGGCACGACAAUGGAGCUGAAGUUAGUUUCACCUGAAAAAGGUGGCUUGAAAGUCGUUCAAGACAAGUCUUUUAGUGGAUCUAGCGAAGAGGAACAAGGAGAUCCUUCCAGAACCUUGGAAAGGAGGGAAAAUCCAUCUGUCGAUGCCGUGCCUCAAAACCGUCCUGUGAAGGACAGGGAUGACAACACUCUUGUGUAUCAGGGUGGCGCGGUUCGAUAUCCCCGCGGAGGUAAACGAGAGAGAGAUGAACGAGGUACCUCCAGCCCUAUGAAAGAGAAGGCUAAUUCUCCUCGUGGUGUGGAAUGGGUAGAGAAACCUACGCAUGGUUCUCUCGGCCGAGCUCAGGCAGGACGCAAUCCAGGCCUGUCAGAAGGUGAGCCAGCUGUUGCACACGAGGUUACCGUCGAGGGGGUUGACGAUGCAGAUGGUAGUGAUGGUGGAUCCGGUGGAUCCGGUGUUGGUGACGUUAUAAACCCUGGGGAGCGUAUGUCUCCUCCUUUGGGAACCUUUGCCACUGUAGGUAACCUUCCAGCUGGAGAAGGAGAGGAGGUCUUGCAUAUGGGAGAACUUGGAAUUCAAGCAGACUCCGAAUCGCAAGCCAUGAAGGUGGAUAAACCUUUCAAGUGUGUCCUGGGGACAAACAUGAAUAGAACCUCUUCUGAAGACAAGCCUCGUAAACAUCAGGAGCUUCCCCAAGACCAACUAGCGACCUCGUAUGCUAGUAACAGUUCUUUGGCAGGCCGGAAAGUUACUCGAGAGGCUUUCGAAAUUUCAGAAGUCCCGUUGAAACGGAUGAGAGUUCUGCAGAGCUCCACCGAAGAAGGAGGAGAGCAACCACCAAGUCAUGCUUCACAACAUCGGGCGCAGGAACAGUCGGCUACAUCUUCUGGGUGCAUCAGUAAUAUGCCGGAGAAUUGUAAUCGGCCUCAUGGUAUGUCUCCUGAAUACCAAGGCUCAGAUGAGUUGAGGAACGCGCAGCUCGACCUUCAACGGUCCAGCGGUUCCACCUCAGAGCCUAGAGCCAAUCUAUUGAAGUUGCAAGAGACUGGUAGUCACGCCAAGGACAGAACGAAAUCGAAGGAGGGCUCUGAGCGUCAGAUCGUUGACAUGAAUGUUGAAAUACGAGGAAAGAAUGACGCGAAGCGGAAUAAAGCAGUCGCCUCCAGUUUCGGAGAUGUUCAUUUGCAGGAAGUGAAACCAGGCCACAGCAAGCAACUGUCAGGGGCAAGCAUAUCCUCGCCAGUGGGAGGCGAGAAGGGUGGUGCGCAGUACAAUCCCCAUAGUCCUGGGUUGCAUCAGGUUCCAAGUCUUACAAUGGAGGACGCGGAAGGGCAAGCUGAGGGCAGCUCUAUAAUAGUGUCACAAGCUUCAGAAACUGUUCAGGGAAACGGGAGGAGCCCCCUGAGAACAGGUGAGUGGGUUGCGCCAACAAUAAUGGAACAAGGCCACUUAGGUUCAUCAGGGGGCAUUAAGCAUUCUUGUGAAGAAGUAGAUGGGACACUGGUGGAAAGGCUACGGGGCGGUGGAAUGGAGCAAAAAGGAAAGGAUGUUUGUCCAGAAGGAAAUGAUUCAGCUAGUUUCAGUCAAAAAGAUUUGGGCCAGUCUGAUGCUGCUGCAAUGGACACGACUGAUCCUUCUUCGUCUGGCAUGUGCAUCUCUCAGACCACAACAAAAACAUCUCAAUGUGCUAAAGGCGAUCCAAUACCUGGACCAGGCGUGUCAAAGGGGCAGAGGCAGAACGCCGAAUCCAGGAGGACGACAGCCUUAGCAUCAGAGGUCGAUGAAGGUGAGACCGACAUCAGUGGUCUAAAGCACAGCAACCAGCCCGCAGUGCUGAACACAGAAAAACCUGAAGGUAGUAUGGAUGGCGACAAAGAUUCGGUGAAUUCGAGUAAAACCAUCCAUGAGCAGGACAGAAUAAAUGUAGCGAAUGCCAGUGUAUCAGGGAAAGUUCUACAUGGUCAUGGAGUGACUAGAAGCAAGAAGCUGACGGAUGCCUCUUCGAAUAGUAAGGUAGAUAUGGGUCCUGCAGCUCCCAGUGCUUUUGCUCCUAGCCCGCAAUCCACAGUGUCCGGUCCUCCUAUGAACAGACGUGUGCCCUCAGUGGCAGUCCAGGAAGAAGUGGAUGAUUUGUCAGAAAAUCCUUGUGAGAACAGCAGUCUUGCUGCAACUUUGCUUCUAAGUCUUGCGCCUAAAGGUCCCUCCUCGUCCGGUUCCUAUAGCAAAGCGGAGAAAAAACGUAGUCUGUCAAUUCUGGAAAGAAGUACAGACAGGUCCAGUGAUGCUGGCCACCUAAAGAGAGAGCCGCAUGUGGCUUUAUCUAAGGUGUCUCGGCCUAACUCAAGUUCGGUGUCAUCGCACGUUGAUCUAGGUCCCUCAGCAUCAGUAAAGUCUCAGAUAGGUAUGCAAGUUGCUGGAAUUUCGAAAGAGAAUGAUCGUCAUACAUCCCUCUCAAGGGGAGAAAAAACUAUGAAAUCCAUGGAGCCGCAGUCACCGCCAAAGCUGGACUUUUUUGAGUCCGUUACUCUCAUGUUGAAGGAGAGUAAGCUUCAAAAAGACAAGCCGAUGUGUGGGAAAGACGCACAGAAUCAGAGUAGUGAUGUGCUGCAACCUCGUCAAACGACACAUAGUAGUGGUACAAAGCCACUCAAAAAGAAAAAAUGUAUUAAGUCCUCACAUGUUGACACUACCACGAGAAGGUUGACAUCCAGGUCUAGAGGAUCUGAAGAUUGUCAGAGUAGAGAGCCUCUAUCGGGAUGCAGAAGCGAAAGUGGGCUACGUUCGGAGAAUACUGGGAGUAUGGAAACUGGCAACUAUCCGCCAGUUCAAGGUCACGAGAAGAACAGUGGAAACGCAGGGGACAACGAAGACGCCAUGUGUGGUAUACCCUCACAGCAGGCUUCUUUGGACCAGGAUGGUGAAAGUUCCAAAGGUGACUCCAUGGACACGACCCCUCAGAGGUCUUUUUGGGGAGAUGCAAGUCGGCGAAAGCGGAUGCAGCGACCUAGAAAUGCUGUCCUUCCACAGGCACAGCACAUUGUACCGCCUCCGAGGAAGGUAGGUCACUGAAGGUUGUAGUUCGCGUUUGAAACUUCGAUGCCUUGAACUGUAGGUGUACAUUGUAUGGUUUGGAUCUGAACGGUCUUGUCCUGUUAUCAAACGGAUUGAUCUCGCAAGGAAACCAUGACGGUGGUACCAAUCUUACAUUGGUACCCUAGUUGAGAACAGCACAAGUGGUCAACUAGUUAGGAGCUAUUUGUUGUUUUUAAUUGGGCAAAAGACACCGGUUGUUGGAGCCUCAAAUUUUGAUCCUUCUGGGAGCAUUCAUUAUUCUGUCAGCUCCAUCGUUUUACUGUGUAUUGUGCGGGUGGCCUUCUGGUAUGGUGGUCCACUAAUAUCAAUAAAAGUCGGCAACAUGUGCUAUAGUAUUUCAUCCG